AUGGCAAAGAAAAGAAUAUUGUUGGAAAAGCUCAUUAAUCUUUUGGGAGAUUCGGACGAAGUUGACAAACCACGGAAAAGACGGGUGAUCGACAGUGACUCUGAUACUGAUAACGAAAGUCAAACGAAGAGAAAAAGAAUAAUUGUACCAAGUGAUAGUGAGGAAGAAAAUAAUGAAAGCAUGUCCUCAAAUGUUCUGCAACUCUUAGGGGAAGAACCAAAACAUGAAAAUAUCUUGGAAAUCCAUAUAGAUGUCGCAAACAUUUGGAAUAACAUUGUCACUAAUGGAUUAGAUAAAGAAACAAGUGCAAAAACUAGAGACGAGAGACUUAGGGAAAAACAGAACCAAAUUGGUUACAUUAUAGCAAAUUUGAACUGUGUCUUAAAAUCAUUGCUUGUCAAAAAUGAUUCUAACAAAGAAGAAAUAGAAAAAAUUAGUGAUAGCCUCCGUCUCCUUUGUGACCUUCAAUUCAUGGAGUCAGAAACCCGAAGGGCUGUGAUAUUACCAGGGCUCAAUAAAAGUAUUAAAAACAGCUUGAAAAAAUGUAAAGCAUCAGAUGGUUUGCUCUUUGGUAAAAAUCUUUCUGAAACUAUAAAAGAAAGUAAAAGUAUUGAACGCUCUUCAAGAGAUUUGAAGAAAGCUUCAGAAAAGCCUAAUGCCCCUAUUAACAAUCCUUUAAACUCCUGGGGCCCGUCCACAUCAUCGAAGAGGAAACCACAUCAGGGCGGGCAAUACCAGCAUUACCAUCCUCGCCAUUCUUCUCAGAGAGCUCAUCGCUCUGCAAUGACACAAGCUCAAAACCGGCCAAUGCGAGGCAAACCAAAGCAGUGGAACAGGAAAAAAGACUAG